AUGCUGCUGAUUUUCGUGGCCUUGUCGCGGUUUGCGCCCUUCCUGUUGCUGACGGUUCUCCAGGUGACCGCGCUGCUCUCCGAGAUAGCGAUGGUCUUCUCGAUGAGGCUGCUCGUCUUCAUGAAGGUGCUGAGGCUGCUCUCCUUCCCCGCGGUGCUGAUGACGAUCGUGGAGCCUUUGGCGUUCGUGGAGCCGUGGAGGCUCGUAGUGCCGUCGACGCUCGGGGGGCUGCUGACGCUCGCAUUCUUCGUGAAGGCGUCCGAGGUGCCGCUGGCCUUCCUGGCCCUGCGGAGUUGGGUGGCUUCACUGUUGCUUGCAGUGCUCAAGAUGGCCGCGCUGCUCUCCGUGAUCCUGCUGGUCUUCUUGAUGUUACCGCUUGUAUUCGUGAGUUUGCUGGGGCUGCUCUCCAUCCCCGCGGUGUUGCUGAGGAUCGUGGAGCUACUGGCGCUCGUGAGGCCGAUGCAGCUCGCGGUGCUGCCGAGUUUCGUGGAGCUGCUGGCGUUCGUGGGGUCGCGGGCGUACGUGAUGCAGGUGUUGAGGUCCGUACUCGCCCUCGUGAGGAUGGAGUCCUCCGUGCCUGCCCCUUCGGAAAGUGUUGAUCACCGACUUGUCGCUUUUCCAGGUGGUGGUGUUGUUACGGCUUGUCAGGGCGUUGGAGUUUCUGAUGUUCUGACGGCGCCUCCGCUGCGCAAGAUGGCGCGUGGCGAGGGCAGCGAGGAUGAUGGUGAUGGUUCUGAGCUCCCUGAUGACGUGCAUGCCCCCGCUUUUCCUAUUCGGGCUAUGUCGAGCGCUGGUCCGUUUGAUUUCGUGAGAGGGCGGAUGCCUCCAGGUACCAGAGAAGAAGACAAUGCCAUCAAUCAGUUUCCGCACCAGCCGUGCACGGCUGAUACAGCGAUGGCUUCAUUCGGUUCUCUUGCAAGCGGUUUUGAAGGCAAGCUUGAUACCUUGACCCUGCACAUUUGCAAGCCUUUGCGUCUCCCGAAGUUUGCUUAG